AUGGAUUCGUAUUCAUCCUACCGCGAGCCUGCUCGGUCGCCCGGCGACAGGAACUGGGAGAAGACGGAGCGCUCCGACUCCUACCGCGCCCGUUCCCCUGGUGCGUGCUUCCAUUUUUCACCAUCCAUCUCUCUCCUCUACCCAUGGUGCCAAUGCCGUGAUCGCGCAGAACGCUCGCGAGAUCGCCGUCGCUCGAGAUCACCCGCUGCUGUCGACCGGUACGAACCCCGAGGUCGCCGAGAUGACCACGGCCGCGACAGGGACGACCGCCGCGGUGAUCGCCGGAUCGGAUCGCCUCCCGCCAACAUUGACCGCUAUGUGCCUGGCCAAGACAACGGAGGGCCAUCGCUCACUGUCAAUCCUCUCAUGGACCCUGUCAAGCUCCCUUACCAGGUCGGAUUCUCCUACUUUGGCGAAUGGUGGCGUAUGAACGAAAAGAUCAAGGAGGACAAGGAGCGCCAGCGUACCGGCAGGCGACGCGAGCCCGAGAGGCCGCGCGGCUCCCGUGAGGCGCAAGAAGAGCGCGACAAGGAGAAGGCCAGGAUUCAGGCCGCCUACGACACCUACAAGGAGGACCUUCAGGCCAAGAUGGCCCGAGCCUUCGUCUCGGAGCACAAGAAGGAGCAGUGGUUUCGCGAGCGCUACGUCCCAGAAGUCCGCGAUCCGCUACGCCAGCAGAUCAGCGAAUUCCGCCGCGGCGGCUACACCCAGUGGGAGCAGGACCUCGAGUCUGGCACUUUUGAUGACUUCUCGCUCGAAGGCCUGCCGAAGAACGAUAGCAACGGCCAGGGCGGCCUCGUGGAGAAGGAAGAGGGCGAGGCCAUGGCGACCAACGAGAUUCUGGGCGUCGGUGACCUUGUGCCUGCCAAUGGCGCCGAUAUCCGUGACGAGAACCUGUUCCAGCCGACGCUGCUCUUCAAGACGAUCGCCCCGCAUGUCAGCCGCCAAAACCUCGAGGCUUUCUGCAAGGAACACUUGGGAGAAGAGGAAGGCGGCUUCAAAUGGCUGUCGCUCUCGGACCCCAACCCCAGCAAGCGAUACCAUCGCAUCGGCUGGGUCAUGCUGCACCCAUCCUCCGAGACGGCCGCAGCAACACUCGACCGAGCGGACCCCGCGGACGAGGAUGGCGAGGCUCCCAAAUCGCCCGUCGUCGUGUCGACGGCCGAGAAGGCCCUCGACGCCAUCAACGGCAAGACUGUAAAGGACGAAUCGCGCGGCGAUUUCACCUGCCAUGUGGGAGUGCACAACCCGCCUCAAGCCCCUCGGAAGAAGGCGCUGUGGGAUCUGUUUUCCACGCCUGAGCGCGUGGAGAAGGACCUCGCUCUCGUGCAGCGCCUUGUGAACAAGUUUGAGGAAGACUUUGGUUCCGAUUUUAACGCCAUUCUCAAGAUUGAGGAAAGGGUCGAUGACCUCCGCAGCGCGGGCCGUUUGCAGCCCGCAGUUCCUCCCAAGCCCAAGGGCCGCCGCCGCCGCGCGGACGCCGAUGGAGCGGACGCUGAGCACAUGCACGAUGCCGAGCAGAUGGAAGACGUCGAAGGCGAGGAGGAAGAUGAGGGCGCCGUGGACGAAGACGACGAGGUCGACGACGAGGAACUCCUCGUCAAGAAGAAGCAGCUGGACCUCAUGAUUGAAUAUCUUCGACGCGUCUUCAACUUUUGUUUCUACUGCGUCUUUGAGAGCGACUCGAUCCACGAGCUCACCCGCAAGUGCCCCGGCGGCCACCUGCGGCGGCCUCGUGCCACGCUCAGCACUGCUGCCAAGGCUGUGGCCAAGGCCAGCGCGCUCGGCGAGCCGUUUCCUGGAAAGAAGCGUGGCGAGGCAGACGAAGAUGGCGAGGUGGCCGAUGGCGGCGACAGGCGGUUCCGCGGAGCGGGCGGCAAGGCUGAGCAGCAGCUGCUGCGGGCGUAUAACUGGGUCAAGACGUUUGAGGACAAGGUCAUGCAGAUUCUUGAGCCCGACUCGGUCGACCUGCGCAAGCUUGGCGGCAAGCCUAUCGAUGAGGCCAUGGACGAGGAGCUUCUCAAGUAUGUGAGGCAAGAGGAUGAGCACAAGUUCCGUUGCAAGGUUCCCGAGUGCCAGAAGCUCUUCAAAGAGGACCACUUCUGGAGGAAGCACGUCGAGAAGCGGCAUCCCGAGUGGCUCGAGGGCCUGAAGCAGGAGAUUGAACUCAUCAAUGCCUACGUGAUGGACCCCUCCCACAUUGCGCCGUCGCGAACGGACGCCAACUCAAACGGCCACUUCCCGCCGCCCAAUGGCCAGGCUGCGGCCGGCACACCGCGUGGAUUCAACCUCAACACGUUCAACAUGAAUAACAUGAUGCCGAUUCCAGGAUUCCCCAUGCCUCCUGGCGGUUUCCCCGGCUUCAUCCCCGGCGGUGCAGGCCAAGGUUCGGGCUGGAGCGGCGAUGGUCGUGAUGGUCCAGGCCCGAUCCGACGAGGCGGCGGCGGCGUGGGUGGCGGCGGCCGUGGCGGUAACUACCGAAGCGGACCGUACGACCGCAGGCCGAAUCCGCGGUACGACGGAGCGCGCGGCCGCGGCGGUCCCAGCAAAUGGGGCGACGGCGGCGCGGGAGGUGCGGCAGUCGGCCCUCGCGAGGCCACGCAGGGUCGAAGCCUCAAGAGUUAUGAAGACCUGGAUCACGUCGCAGGAGGCGGCGGUGGUGAGCUGAACUACUAG